UCCAGGAUUGCUGGAGUCGGAUUCAUGAUAGAAGAACGUUAGUAGUGCUGCUGGUGGUGUUGCGGCGGCGUCGUUACUGUGUCCUCCAUCACCUCGCUCAUAAUACCUGCUCUCUACUGCAGUUCAAAAUGGGGAGAGAGAGAGAACGUGAACGGGAGAGAGAUCGGGAAAGGUACCACCGGCAUAGGUCUCAUUCCCGGGAGAGAGAUCCAGGAAGACGUGAUAGAGAUCGUGAACGCGAGAGACGAGAUCGUAGGUCUCGCUCCAGGUCACGUUCAAGAUCUAGGUCCCCUAGGUCUCAUCGUAGAUCUCCUGUUUAUAUGGCAGGGCCAUCUGGACGACACGAUGAUUCUCCUGUACAAGAAUUAACAGCAGAGGAGAAGCAGAUGAGAGAUGUGUUGGGCUUUGCAUCCUUCCACUCAACCAAAGGAACUACACACAUUGAUCUGUGGGGAGCAACUUGUUCUGAUGGGAAGAGGAGAGAAGACCUUCCUGAUUUUGAUGAGUUCCAGAAGUGGGUUGAAAACAAGAGGGAGAUUGUACAUGAAGAAAAAAAGAGAGAAUUUGAAGAGAGAAAAGCUGCUUAUCGUAAAGAUUUUGACUCGAGGAAUAGUAGAGAUGGAGGGCGAGGAUUUGGUGGCAGAGACAGAGAUGGAGGGCGAGGAUAUGGUAGAGAUGACAAAGGAGGAAGCUCUGGUCGAGAUGACAGAGGUGGUGGGUACGGUCGAGACGACAGAGGUGGCGGCUACGGCAGAGAUGACCGAGGAGGCUUCAGUCGUGAUGACCGAGGAGGCUACGAUAGAGGUAGUGGUUCUGGUCGCGAUAGUGGUGGUAACUAUGGCAGAGAUGACCGAGGAAAUUACAGUCGAGAUGACGACAGAAGUGGAUAUGGACGUGACGAUAGAAGUGGAGGUUAUGGUCGAGAUGAUGGAGGAAGCCGAGAUCGAGGAUAUGAAAGAGAUGAUUUCUCACGUUCAUCCAGGAGGUAUGGAUACAAUCUUUUUGUCAACUCUUAUGUUUGCUUGUAUUCUAAACCCUAAGUAGAAUUGUACUGU